AUUUCAAAAUAUUUUUGAUUUUCCAAGGUUCCAACAAGAAGUUUAAAAGGUAGCACAGACCACAAAAAAUGUUGCUCUGGUACACCCUUGCACUGUUUAACAGUGCAGGUGCUAGUAAAUAGGUAGGAGUGACUUCACGAUUAGGGAAUAGAGUUCAAGAGUAAAAGAGCGCAGAUGAAAGAUGUUAAUGUGCAAACAGGUUAAGAAUUUAAAUAUUUGGUGGCGCAUGCAUGGAGGUGGUUUGCCAGCAUAAGGUAGUUCCGCGAGAGAAAAAGCAUUGAAAUACUACAGUCAUGAAGCGCUUCUUCCAAGUGGUGGAAAAAGACACUUCAAGUAAGAGGGUUAAGAGCAAUGGAGAGAAAGAAGCAAAUGUAGGCAGCGGAAAGGAGCCCCUUGUUUUCAUGUCAUGGAACGCUAACAGCCUUUUGCUGCGACUUAAGAAGAAUCGAACUGAGCUUGCCGAUUUCAUUCAACAACUUGAUCCUGACGUCAUUGCUAUCCAGGAAGUUCGGAUACCUGCUGCUGGAUGCAAAGGCGGGAUGAAAAAUCAGGGGGAAGUGAAAGAUGAUACUAGUUCUUCCCGUGAAGAAAAGCAGAUAUUGAUGCGUGCAAUUUCAAGUCCACCAUUUUCAAAUUAUCAUGUAUGGUGGUCUCUUGGUGAAGCUAAAUAUGGAGGAACUGCCCUUUUUCUAAAACAUCACUUUCAACCACUUAAAUUGACUUUUUCUCUUGACCAGACAUCGCCAGCCCUCAAGCAUGAAACUGAUGGUCGAGUUAUUGUGGCUGAAUUUGAGUCAUUCCGACUUGUAAACACAUAUGUUCCAAAUAAUGGCUGGAAGGAUGAUGAAAAUGGAUUCAAAAGGAGAAGGAAAUGGGAUCAAAGAAUGUUGGAUUUUGUUCUACAAGUUUCAGAUAAGCCUCUAAUUUGGUGUGGUGAUCUCAAUGUCAGUCACAAUGACAUAGAUGUGAGUCACCCAGAGUUUUUUGGCAAUGCCAAGAUGGCAGGAUACACACCUCCAAAUGAAGAGGAUUGUGGACAACCGGGAUUCACAAUUGGAGAAAGGCGGCGUUUCUCAACUAUAUUGUCACAGGGGAAGCUGCUGGAUACGUACAGGUGGCUUCAUAAAGAACAAGAAACAGAUUGUGGCUAUACAUGGUCAGGGAACCCAGUUGGAAAAUAUAGAGGCAAACGGAUGAGGAUAGACUAUUUUCUAGUGUCAGAAAAAUUCAAAGAUCGUGUCAUUUUGAGCAAAAUACAUGGUCGUGGCAUUGAAAUGGAAGGAUUCCUUGGAAGUGAUCACUGUCCAAUAUCAUUGGAGUUAUCUCCUAUGCCAGAUAAAGAUCAGAGUUAGUUUGCCAUCGAGCUUAUGGAAUGUCUUAGAGAGAAAAAAAUAUUAUAUUUUGCACAUUCCUUUAUGUGUUUUCAUAUAUCUAACAAAUGAAUUUAAGCACUUACUCUUGAGAUUCAGAAUUAUCUGAGGAAUGUCUAGGAAUGUCUGUUAAUAUUUUUGGGUUCUGUUGGCCAUUGCACGACCUAUCAUCGUUAUCAGUUGUAGUGUGCUGUUCUUAUCAACUUACAGUCAAUAUAAAAAAAAAUUGGGAUUACAACACAUGCCUGUUUUUGAAUUU